GCGCGAACCUAGGGGCGGGGGUUGAGAGCAGGGGCGCCAGCCGCGCGCCUCUGGGGCUGACCCGCGCUCCUCCCCUUUCCGCACCCAGGGCAGCAGCGGGCCGAGCUCCUCCCACGGCUCGUUCACUCUCGCGUCCCUUCCCCUCCUCUCCUCUCCGGCGGGUCAUUCCUCCCUCCCUCCCUCCUCCUCCUCUUCCUCGGUGAGGCGCUCCCUCCCGUAACAGGCAGGCAGCAUGGCGGCCGUGGAGACGCGUGUGUGCGAGACGGACGGCUGCAGCAGCGAGGCCAAGCUUCAGUGUCCCACCUGCAUCAAGCUGGGCAUCCAGGGCUCGUACUUCUGUUCGCAGGAAUGUUUUAAAGGAAGUUGGGCUACUCACAAGUUACUACAUAAGAAAGCAAAAGAUGAAAAGGCAAAGCGAGAAGUGUCUUCCUGGACUGUAGAAGGAGAUAUUAACACUGACCCAUGGGCAGGUUAUCGAUAUACUGGUAAACUCAGACCACAUUAUCCACUGAUGCCAACAAGGCCAGUGCCAAGUUAUAUUCAGAGACCAGAUUAUGCCGAUCAUCCUUUAGGAAUGUCUGAAUCUGAACAGGCUCUUAAAGGUACUUCUCAAAUUAAAUUACUCUCAACUGAAGAUAUAGAAGGGAUGCGACUUGUAUGUAGGCUUGCUAGAGAAGUAUUGGAUAUUGCUGCUGGAAUGAUUAAACCAGGUGUGACUACUGAAGAAAUAGAUCAUGCUGUGCACUUAGCAUGUAUUGCAAGAAAUUGCUAUCCUUCUCCACUGAAUUAUUAUAAUUUCCCAAAGUCUUGUUGUACCUCAGUGAAUGAAGUAAUCUGUCAUGGAAUUCCCGACAGACGGCCUUUGCAAGAAGGUGAUAUUGUUAACGUGGACAUCACUCUUUAUCGCAGUGGUUAUCAUGGGGACCUGAAUGAGACUUUUUUUGUUGGAGAAGUGGAUGAGGGAGCACGGAAACUAGUCCAGACCACGUAUGAGUGCCUGAUGCAAGCCAUCGAUGCAGUGAAACCUGGUGUUCGAUACAGAGAAUUGGGAAACAUUAUUCAGAAACAUGCCCAAGCAAAUGGGUUUUCAGUUGUUCGAAGUUACUGUGGGCAUGGAAUCCACAAACUUUUUCAUACAGCCCCUAAUGUACCCCACUAUGCCAAAAAUAAAGCUGUUGGAGUGAUGAAGGCGGGUCAUGUAUUUACAAUUGAGCCAAUGAUUUGUGAAGGUGGAUGGCAGGAUGAAACAUGGCCGGAUGGCUGGACUGCAGUGACGAGAGACGGGAAGCGGUCGGCUCAGUUCGAGCACACACUGCUGGUCACGGACACUGGCUGUGAAAUCCUAACCCGGCGACUUGACAGUACACGGCCUCACUUCAUGUCCCAAUUUUAAUUUCUCCCAAAAUGGCAUCAUACCUUCUGGCUGUACUACGCAUUUUAUUGAGAGUACAGAAAGGAAGAGGAAAUUUUUAUCACUUGUUUUGUUUUGACCAUAGAUAAGAAAGGACUACAGCGUUUGAUGUACAUCUUCAAGAACUUGUCUUGGGUCUGAAAAAGCCUAGAAGAAUAAAAGAAAAAUUUCUCAUCUUCUUUCAAUGUCCCUUUCCUCCCUGCCCCCUGUCCCGAAUAGUCUUUGCGCCUCUGUUUUCUCAUCUACUCUUUGAGCACUUUUACUUCAUCCUGCUUCUAGUUGCUUUUAUCACUGUCACAACUGGCCACCGAGAGCCAGCUGCUUUCCAGGUGAAUGUUGAAGAUGAGAAUCCUUGAAACUUUAGCAAUAUAUGUUGUUACUGAUUUUUAAAAUUAAAUAUAUAUGUGAAAAAUAUAUGUAUACAUUUUAAAUUCCACAUCCAAAAUUACUGAACACUAUGUGACCUGGGGGUUGUGUUGAUUCUGCUCUGACAGGGUUAUAUGCUGUCGUAAGUGGACCCAUACUUUGCAGUGAUUUAAUUCUCAGUUGGGAAUUGUCAUCCCCCCCACUAAUCAUUUACCCUUUCAAUUGUGCUGAAUGAAGCACUCCAUCAAUGAGACUUUCUCUCCAAUGUGGACUUUCUGCUUGCGUGUCAGUUAAUGGAUGUGUCAAAAUUCACUUUGGAAAAAGUUAUCAGACUUUUUCAAAUCUAGUUUAUGGCAAAAAUAGCCAUGCUCCAGUUGUUGUCGGGCUGUUGCAGGGCAUGAGAAUUUUAUAACACACUGCUAUUUCAGACCUCUGUUUGGUCCGAAAUGGGAGGAAAAAAGCUGACUUUCUUCCCCUCUCUAUUUUAUUUCAGGAACAUACCUUGGAUGUACUCAGGAGGGGGUGGAGGUUGUCCUGGGAGGAUGAGGUGGAAGGACAGUUCUAGAAUCUGUCCAGCCAUGAACAGAGUAAGUCUGGUUGGCCGUUGGUUUCUAACAUUUGGUCAGCGAUACUGAGGAGGAAGGAACUACUUUCAAGACUUCCCUUGCAGUAGGGAUGCAGCUGCCCUUCUUGGUGUGCUGAAAACACACCUUGCCUUUACGUAGUUGGCCCUUAACAGAAAUGACCUCAGCUGCCCAAUGUGUAUGUCUGUUUCAGUAUUUCAGUCCAAAUAGAAUACCCAGUGAAGACAUAUCAGAAUAUAAAGUCAUUGUCAUGGAAGUGUACUUGAUUACUGGGUACCUAGUGACUUCCUUGUAAUAUAAUUUGAUACCACUGACACAUUAUACUUGUAAGAGAACAUCAUCUUUCCCAGAGUGCCUCAGACCUUUAUUGCUUUAAAAGAAUUAUGAUAAUGUUUUUCAUUUUAUUUUAAUGAUUUAGUAAAGUGACCGAAUCUGGUGUCAAUUUUUGGGGGGUAUGUGUGUGAAGUUUUUAACAAAUUGUAAUAUUUGUGAAUGGAAUGUCUUGCAAUAUGAAUGUUAAUAUAAUGUGUAAAGGGAGAUUAAAAAGUUUGAUUAUCCCACCACCUAGUCAUUAACUUUGUUGCAUUUGUUUGGGAUUUCAGAGGGAAGUGGUAGAAAUGGCUGAUUUUACCAUUUAAAACAAACUCAUGAACAUUUGAGUAAAAAUGCUUUUUCAGGUUUAAU